CACUGCACCCCUGAAUUAAGGCAACAGAAGGAGACCCCCUCGUCCCCCCUCCAAAGUUAGCGCUCCGCCAGCAACACCGCUCAAGGACAGGCCCUCACCCCGGAGUCCCACAGUACUCCCACCCCCAGCAGGGGGCGCCAGUCAGGCCGAAAGAGAACAACUCCCCCUCUGGGUUUGAAGCGCAAAGCGGAGCGUUUACCCGGGAAAGGGAAUUCGGGGGGCGGGAGGAAGGAAUCUUACCGAAGGGUUUUCUGUGCUUGAAGGGGAUGAGAGAAUCCAUUUUGGAAGGGCCACUCCCUCUUUUUUUAAAUAAUGAUAAUUUUAAAAGCCCAGGUCAGGAGGCGUUGCCGGAGAAUCGCGGGUUCUAGCUGCAGCUCUGCCUCGCCUCCUUUCGUGCGCGCUUAUAUAGCGCAAGAGUCACGCGCUCGGCAGCCGCGCGCAGCCUUCCCCCCGAAGUGCUGUCAGGAUCGGUGCAGCCAGGUUCCGGUGGGAGGACGCAGGGAGGCCCGGAGCGGGGCUCCACCUUGGACUCGCCCGCAAACGCGCCCAGUGGGGACUGCAGGGGUAGCGGCAGCGUCCCACUGAAAAAAAUUUUGCGUCUUGGGCGCAAAGGGUGCCAUUGGCCGAUGGAACGCACUGCCACGGGAUUAUCAUGAUGACCACUCGCUUAAAGGAAAGGAAGAAAGAACGGAAAGAAAAAAAGGCGUGAGGAACCUUUGGCACUCCAGAUGUUGCUGAACUACAAUUCCCAUCGUCCCUGGCUAUUGACAGUGCUGGCUAAGGCUGGUCCUAGGCUAUGGGCUGAAGGCACAUGAGGCUGAAGUAAGCAGGUCUGGGUCUGGUCAGUGCCUGGAUGGGAGACCGCUUGGGAACCACAGGGCAGCCCUCUCCAUGCCUGGAUCGCAGCCUUUGGGCCAUCUGGCCUUCCUUUGAAAGAACGACAUCAACGCCACUUGCCGAACUUUUCGCGUCUGUUUGUUUUCCUUGGCCAAUUAGAAGCCGGCAACUUGAGUGGGAGGGAAAGGGGGAGGAGCGAGCGAGCGAGAAAGAACCUGCCUCCACGUGACUCUUUCAGAGCCUUCCCCUUUGUCUGAACGGCGGGGCGAUUCUUCGCCGGAGUCCGAGCCCGACGGCGGCGGCGGCGGCGGCGGCAGCGACGGCAGCGACGGGUUGCGUGCCUGGCCGUUGGUGGCUCCCUGCGACGCGGGCGAAGCCAGCGCUCCCUUUUUCCUUUAGGGAACCGCCCUACCCGGGUCCACCCCCCCGCAUCGGCGCCCCCCAACUGUGGGGCCCUUCUGAUCCUUGCCCUUUACUAGGGAACCCCCCCCCAAAAAAGGCCGAUCCCCAACUGCGUGCACCUUUUGCCGCCUAGCGCAUGCGAGGCGAUCUCUGCAGAAGGGCAGGAGCUGUGCGGGGGGGAGCGGAUUAGAGUCCCGUCCCGUAGGGGCCAUGGCCAGCCGCAGAGCCGUGCCCCCCUCGCUGUGGUCCGGGAACGAGCGGCUGCGCAUCGGGGAGCGUCUCCAAGCCAGCCUGGCCGGGAUCUUCGAGUUGGAUCUUCUGCGGGAAACACAAAGGGAGAUCGUGGAGCGCGCUCUGGAGGAGAGCCGGACAGAUGGGGAGUCGCAACAGGACGACCAGAGCAACCUGGGCGGUGAUAGACUGCCUGGCCGGACCAAGCUGAACAGGAGCCACUCUGAGGACCUGCUGGGGACCCCUGAAGAGUCUCGUGCCUACAGCUCAUCGGAGAACAUUGAGGUGGACCCCAGGGUGCUGCCUGCGCCGGUGGGGGAUGGAUCGGACAAGGGAUGCCUCGGGUUGCGGACUGUCAGCGAACAACUAUCCUCCAAGAAAGGAGGGAUCAAUGGGGGAGAGACCCAAGAGAUUUUGGAGGCUGACUCUAGGCCUAGCUCAGGAUUCUAUGAGACAAGUGAGAUGGGCUCCCUGUCUGAUUCCUGUGCCUCCGUCCACAGUGAUGGGCCUGCAGGUUCACGCUGCAGUAUUGGCUCUCUCUCUCACCUGCCGGGCCUGCGGGAGACCAGCUUCGCCCGCCCACGCUCUACUGAUGAGGCUGCCGCCCGCCUCCUAGACCUCCAGCUGCAGCGGCUCACCUUGGCGAAUGCUUUUGGCGUGGACGGCAGGAGGCCUGUAUCGACAGGUGACCUCGAGUUCCUCUUGGGCCUCGGAGACUUGUCGCUCCCACUCCCAAAGAACCCGAGCCUUCAUUUGCUGCAGUACAAGUCGGACCUUGUGUCCCGGAACACCAACGAAAUCUACCACUACCCUAGCCCCUUGCACGCUGUUGCUCUACAGAGCCCACUCUUCACCAGUAGCCUCUCCCGGAGCUCAUCCCAGGAGGAUCUUGAUGAGGGCCCCCUGGAGCUUGCCGGGACUGACUCUCCCAAGAGAGUAGCUGUGUGCUCUAGGGAACAGCAGAGGGUCCGGGUAGACCAGUACGUUGCCAAAUUGGUGCUGCGUUACAAGUGCCGUUCAGCAGCCAACAGGACAGAGACCGGAUAUCUAGCAGGGAAUCAGAAGAGUUUGUCAAUGUCUUCCGUCUAUGGCUCCGUUCUAGGUGCCAGUCAGCUCCUGGCCCCAGCUCCUGGGUGGAAGAUACGACGGCGCAUCUCCACUUGCUCCCAUUUGCGCUCUCCGGAAGGUUCCGAGGGGGCGCGAGAUUCUCGGGUUUUGGACAGCCAAGGGGAUUUCACUCCAUUUCUAGAAAUCGGCUGUGUCCAGUCCAGCACCACCAGCCUUGUGAAGGCUAGUGAGCCAUCAGUGGUGUCUCUUCCGGACCCUCACUUGCCGUACCAGGAACCUUUUGUCAUCCCCUAUCCAAAUAACCAACCCGGUGGGUCGGAGAGAGGGGUACUAGGCUGGGUCAGUGAGAGCAAGCACCAUGUUAUCCAGGGCCAGACUCCGUUCAGAAAGGAGGCCUCGUUGCCCUGGGCCACUGUAGACUUUGGCAAGCUGUACAAAGGCAAGCAUGCUUCCCGGGAGUUGGUGAAGGCAGCCGAGAGGCAGGAGAAGCCAGCAGAGCGGAGCUGGUUGAGUCCCCGGGAGCUCCUGCGCAGGCUGAGCCUUCGUCGCAGGCCGUCCACUCGCGUCGGGAGCAGGGCCCGUGCCAGCUCGGAAAUCAACGUCCACGUGGCAGCGGAGCUGGCAUGCCACAGUGACCUGCAAGCCAGCAGAGGCAAAGCGGUCAAACCAAAAUGGACGUCUGUCCUGGAGAUCUCCAGCAAGGCCCCCGGACGGCACCGGCUGAAAGCUGGCGCCUUCCAACCGCCCCAGGUGCUGAACUGCCACCUUGCCUUUUCCUCUGACUCACCGACAUCGUUUUGCUUCCUGGGGGGCAACCCCCUUGACCUGCCGCCCCGGCAGCGGGCUGGACUUCCCAGUGGUGGCGGCUCCAGCCUUGGCAAGGUGGACGCCACGAGUGCUGUCAGCCUGAACGGUGACUGGAUCCUCCAUCAGCUCGGGGACCAGUGGCCCUGUGCCUCGGCCACUUUGGACUCUGCUGACUUGCCAGUCCACAGCUUCAAGCUCCGGCGCAGCCGUUCCUUCAAAGAGCUCAAGAAGAUGAUGUCGCGCUCUUUCAAGGGGUCGAGAACCGCCAAGUGACUCCCUGCACACCUUCCUUCAGGAAUGCUAGAGAGAGGCUGUUGCGACACAUUGGGUGAUGGGUAGGGCAGGUACCAGAUGAGGUAGCUUCUCAUCCUGAUUGGAGGCUUCUGGACUCACUAUUCUGGGAGAGCUGCCAUUUGUUUUAUUUUUUUGUUUGUCAUUUGGACACAACCGGGGCCACCUCCUGAGUUUUUUCACACUCUUAUUCCCACAUACCCCCUUCAAUUCACAUGCAAACUCUUCAUGCCUUGGGAUUACUUGCUGGCAUUAAUGAGAACCAAAGAUUGAUGUUGAAUUUCAGCGCUCUUCAGAUAACUUCUCCCCAACGAGUAAUUGGUUGAGGGCCAAAGGGGUGGGUCUCAUAACCACCACGUGUAAGCUUCGGAUCCUAGUAGUCUUGUAGCCUUGAUGUUAGGGGCUGAGGGAUGUUGAUCCUGCAAGUUUUCCCUUUGAAGGUUUCGCCAUUAUUUUUUCCCAGACAUGGCAGGAAAAGAUUGCAGAGCUACACAAAUUUUAUUUUAUUCUGUUUCAUUUAGGAUCAAAGGAUAGUAUGCCUUUUAUCCAUGUCUGAUUACUGAAGUCUUUGCAGGAGUCACUGUUAGUGGCCUGUUAUGGCUCAGACACAUGGCUCAUAUCCACUAGGAGCCAGGGGUUCAGUAUUGCGGGUCCAAUUCUGUGGAACUCGCUCCUGGCUAAAAUCAGAGAGGCCCUUGUUGAACUUCCAGUGCUUGAUGAAGACUUUUUUUUUAAAAUCAGGCAUUUUAAGUAAGUCUUUUCCCCCCCCCCCGCACCAAUUUUAUGGUUAAUUUUAACUUGAUUUAUGAUAUCCCUAUUGUACACUGCAGAGAAAUGGCAGUAGUAAGUGGUAGAUAAAUUAUUAAAAUACUUUUUUGCAACAUUAAGGCCUUUACAAGCCACCACCGAUCACCGUCCUCCUGGAUUAUUUUUUUUGUAGUUCCAGGUUGACAACAAAGCCAAAGAGGAUUAUUGCAGUUGGGAACCAUCGUGUGUGCUUGGCAUGGGUGAACUGUGUGAGGCCUGGUGGGUUGCAAAUUGUGCAGGCCCAACAUUGAUGCUGAAGAGUGUAAUCGUUUGGUCUGGAUGUGGAUCGGGGGUUGAGACCUGCUUUGGUUUCCCGUGGCCUGCCUCAAAACUGACAUCUCUGCAGCCUUUUCUUGUGGUUUUUAAAGGUUGCCUUCCUUUUCCAGUAAGAGUAUGACACAGGGGCCCUUCAGAUGUUGUUGGGGUACAGUUCGCGUCAGCCUCAACCACCAUGGCCCAGUGGUCAGGGAUAAUGGGAGAUGUAGUUCCACAGGGUCUGGAAGGUCACAAAGAAUUCCCAACUUUUGGUAUAAUGUAAAAGGUAGCCCUGCGGGAAGGAGGCUUUUUUCAUUUUUUCCCACUUUGUCCCUGAAUGGGUUGCAGCUAGGAGCUUCCAAAUGUCUUUCUGGAGCUUUUUCUAAAUGGUUCCUCCCAUGUUUAAAGGGAGGGGUGAUCUGCUCCCAUGUGCUCCUCCUCUCCAAAGUUUACUUGAAACCAGAUAGCAUUUGAUUUGUGGUUGCUGCUGCUGCUGUUGUAAACCUCAUGCAGACUUGUGGGGCACUGUUUGGGCCCACAUGCAUUUUCCAUUGUGCAGUUUACACAAAAGUAGACCUACAGGGAUGUCCUUGUAAGACACUGUCACAAAUUUUAAUCUGUACAACAUCCCCAAAUUUCAGGCGGUUACCACUUACCAUUUCCCCUCUGGAAACAAAAAACCACUGGCGGUCAGAAAUCCUCAGCAAAAAGCCCUGGGGGGCAUUUCUCCCUCUUAUUGUGUAACUUACAUGUGAGUAGACCUACAGGAUUGUCCUCCUACCUAGGACAUUGUCACAAACUGUCACCUGUACAACAUCGCCAUAUUUCAGCCAGUUACCAUUUACCAUUUUCCUUCUGCAAACAAAAAACCCACUGGGGUCCAAAAAUACCCCACAAAUUGUAUUGUUUACCCAAUAUGCAUGGAGAAGGGGCCGAUGUAGACAGCUCUGAAAAAUUCUACCUCCUCUAAAUAAGUGUUUUUUGGCUCGAGGUGCUUUGAUAGGGUCAAAAAGGGAGCAUUUUGGGGGAGGACAAAGUGACCCCAUCCAUCCAUUGGAAAUCUCAUUGGGGUCCACAUUUAUACCAAAGUCAGCCAAUGUUUUUUCACUGGGUCCACAUGAGGCUUAACUGUCUUGCUCUCUGAAACUGUGAACCUUAUUUCCCCUCCUCCCCGUUUAAAUGAAAAUGUUAAGAUCAAGAUUAGAAAAAGAAAUAAAACAAGCCGUUUUAAAUUAUGUAUCUGUUUGCCCUCUACCCUCGCUCUGGAAGAGCAUCCUGGGAAGUGUAGUUUGCCAACAGAGCUGAGAGUUGUGAGGCGGUCCUUAUUCCCUUCAGAGCUGUAAUUUCAAGAAUUCCCUGGAAAGGGGGAUUGAUUGUUAAACCAUGCUGGCGAUUGUCACUCUUGAGGGAAUUGGGGGUCUCCUCUAACAGCUGUCAGCACCUGUUAUGUACUACAGUUCCCGGGAUUCUUUGUGGGAAGCCAUGACUGUUAAAGCGGUAUGAUACUGCUUUAAACGUAUACUGCAGAUGUGGCCUCAAGUGUUUUCGCAUUUGAUCGACAACCUUUUGCUUUGUAAGUUGUGGGGAGGAGAGAGGUACGAUUCCAACAAACCUGGGUUGUAAAAUGGGGUGGGGAAGGGGGAGGAUUGCAGACUGCCCCUCCUAUAAUUAAUCACAUGCUGAGAAUGUGCGCACACCUGCCCUGUGCUUAUAAGCUGGUAGGAGGAUGCAGCCGACUGCUUUCUCCUGCCUCCCAGGCACACAAUUCUGCCUCCUUGACGCCACUGCUGCUGCUGCUGUCUAGAAAAGACCAGGCGAAUUGCUGUUUACAGCAUGACUCCUGGCACCAUGCGGCUAAUAAUAGUAAUUAAAGAGGAUGAGACGGGCAAGCUGGAGCUUGUUGGGGUGGUGGUGGUGCGUUGUAGCCCAGAACUCGCCGUUUCCAGCAGUUGAAAACUCCCGUUAAAUAACUUUUCAGUGUUCAGAGCACUUUGCACAUGUUCUCUCAGUAAUCUUUACAAAAACCCUGAAAGGUAAGUCAGUAUUAUUAUGAAUUAUUUCCCCAUAAUGCAGAUACGGAAGACUGAGGCUGAGAGCAAGGGGCUCUGUCUACGGCCAUGUAGUGAGGCUGCGGCAGAGGCAUAAUUUAAACUGAGGGCCUCUCGGACUUGUAACUAAGGCCACAUUUGCACCAUACAUUGAUUCCACUAUUAGUCUACUUUAAACUGUAAUGGCUUCCCCCAAAGAAUC